UGGGAUAUCGGAGGUAUUAUGGGAUGGAAACCACCAGCAUGGCGCUGCGAUACGGGAUGAUGGCGGCCGUGGCGAACCCCGCCAUCAUGGAGCGGGUUCAGGAGGAGCUGGAUCGCGUUGUGGGGUCGGAGCGGCCGCCAUCUUUACGGGAUCGCCCGGCGCUGCCCUACACCGACGCCGUCAUCCACGAGGUGCAGCGGCACCUCGACCUCAUCCCACUGGGGUUCGUCCGCACCGUCACCAGGGACACCCCCUUCCGGGGGUACAUCAUCCCCAAGGUGCGCUAAUUAGGGGUUAAUUAGGCU